ACACUUUUUUACGUGGAGGCGGCCAUUGACUCUCGUGAAAUCUUGCGAGUUGCGAGAAAACACGGAAACGAAAAUACAGGUGAUCAGACAAAGCAAGAUCGUCAAAGGAAGAAUCAAUUUUCGGUAGCAUGCAUAUGCAGUGAGAUUUUAAAUUGUGCAACUUACAUUUCCUGGGGCAAAUGGCAGUAAAAAGCUGUAGGAGGCUGUGAGCAUGUAAUUUCUGUACCUUACUACCUUUCGUUGGAACACAUAAAUAGAGUUUUAUAAUGUGACAAGUUGUAUACCAGUUGUACAGUGUGUUAUUUAAUGGAGUAAAUUGUGAGAAAAUUUUGUUAAGAAAAUAAUGCCAGGAACAGCGGCUGGGUCUGCCCAGCAUGGGCCGGGUCAUAUACGUAAUGCACAUAAACCAAUGGCCCCUGUUCCUCCAAGUGGUCAGGGUGCAUCUAGUAACACAAGAUCAGGAAGUUCUAGCUCAGGGAAUUAUCCAGACGUAACAGCUGGUAUUGCUGAUAUUUAUGAGCCAGGUAAUACAAGUCAAACAAACUUAAUAGAACCAGAAUCGGUUGUUCCAGAUUAUCCUAUGGAUUCUUUACCUCGACCUGUCAGCACAAGAUCACUACCAAAUCAAGACAAUGUAUCUAUGAAUCAGAAUUUGGACCCCAACAGGAAUAUACCUAGGACCAGUCACAGGAUUAGUGAACCUGGUCAAACUGUUGUUGCUGCUUCCAGUCUUUCUUCCAGUACUGGUAAUUUACAAGUACCAGUUCACAUUCCAGUAAGUACUGUACCAGGGAGAAUACCUGCAGAGGUUCCAUCCCAGGUGUAUUCCAUGGCACAUUCUUCCCAUUCUCUUACACCACCUGUAGUGUCUCAGUCUAGUGUGAAUGUAAAUGUCAGCCAUGCACAUGCACAGCCAGUGCCUUUAUCUGGUGACCCUAGACAAAUUCGAACUCAAGACAUAAAUGUUGGAAUAGUUUCGCGUCUUGACCAUCAAAGACAGGGUGGCAACAUCUUACCUGAUCUUGUUGCACAUUCUCAACCUCCUCCUCCAUCACGUCAGACCUCUAGUUCUCAGCGACCACAAGUGCCUUUAGACCCAAGAAUUGCUCAAGGUCAUAGGUAUACAGAACAGCAUUCUAGACAUCGACAUCGUGACCGCCGACAACAAGGUCGUUCACGACGUCAUUCUCAUCGGCAUAGCCAACAAAUGAGUGAAGAGCCUUGUAAGGAAUCCUGUUAUAAAUGCCUUGCAGUAGGGACAUCAUUUCGUUGGAUAUUAGUGGUAUUGUCUUUACUUGGUGUAUGCUGUGUAGUUACAGGCAUAGUACUUGCUGCCCUUCAUGCUGCAGGAAACUCCUUCCUCUUCCUAGCCAUUAUGUUUAUAGGUCUUGGUGUUCUUCUAGUGGUUGUUGUAGGAGUUGGAUGGAAGUGUACACCAAGAGGUCAUGAACCAUUACAUGCACUCUUUAACCUUGGUGAUUUUCGGCACAACAGAAGAUCAAGACGACAACGUCACCACAGGAGGGAUGGAAGAUGGCAUGGUGGUUCAAUGUAUCCAGAGUUUCAGUACCGUCGUCCACCACCAUCAUAUAAUGCAUCAAUGCAGGAGUAUCAGCAUCAGUUAAUGGUAGCCCAGCAAAAUCCAACCCCUGAUAUAUAUGAUCCUGAAAACAUUCCUGAUGAAGAUUAUAGUCUACCUAGUUCCCCUCCUCCUUCAUAUCGUUCACGUGCCAGUACUGUUCGUGCAGGGAUACAAAUUACAUUUCCACCUAAUCAGGGCGGUGACUACCCAGACUCUAGACCGCCAACCUAUAGAUCACACCCUAGUAACACUCUUCAAGGACGUCACUCACGACCUUCAUUGUCUAGGGAUGAUGAUGAUGAUAUAGAAAAUGCUGCACCUGCAGAUGUUGCAUUUACUGGUUCAGCAGUUAUUGUUGACACAAACGCUACUUCCAAUGCUACAAAUAUCCAAAUAUCUCCGUCUCUUGUUUCCAAUCAAAAUGUGACAGUGUCUGUGACCACAGUUUCAGUAACAACUUCUCCUGCCACUCAAUCAGCACAAUUACCUCCUGAACAAGGACAGUCGUCCGCCUCGCCAAGUGAGGCUGUAGACAUUGUAGAUCCUGUUGGUGAAGGUGAAGCAGAUAGAGUAGAAACAGCACUUUAAUGAUGGUUUAUAUCUAGUGAUGAUAUAGUGCAUUAAUUAUACGUAAUCAAACAUAAUGUAUGAUAGCAUUAACCUUCACAUUGUAUCAGUGUGAUUCACAUGUUAUAUAGGGUAAAUAUGGUUGAACCUCUGAGUGUACAUGUGUAUCUUCUUGUUAAUAGUGAUAAUAUUACAGAAAAAUGUAUAAGGUCUUUACAUUUUUAAGUCUUUAAUCAUCAGUUUUAUGAUAAGCAAAUUUAUUGAACAAGUAUAAACAUUACUGUUAAAGAUUUUUUUUUUAAGGUUGCAUUUGUUUUGAAGUUUGUUUUAAAUUUCUUCUCUGAUUUUACUUUGCAAAAUUACAUUAUUGCUAAUUAAUUAUUGUUUAAGGUGUAACUAAUUAUUUAACAUUCCUAUUUUAUCUUUUUUGACGGAUACAGUAUUUUGAGUUUUAAAAUUUGAUCUGAAAUUAUUGCAUUUAGUUUGAAUAAUUGAACAUGACAUUGUGUUCAAAACUGUUUGCCUGUUGUUCAUAUCCAUAUCCACUUAAUGUGCUUUUAUGUUUAAAACAUGGUGUCAGUGUAAGUCUAGUGUUUGUUUUGGAUGUUGUAAAUAUGUUAUGUUUGUUAUUUGCUGAUCAUUAAAAUGUAGCCUUUCACCAGGAAAAAUAUUCUAUAGCAAGGUUUUAUUACAUGUAUAUUAUAUUAAAGUAUAUAAAAAUUGGCAAUCAAUUAUAAUUCUAGAACUGAAGCAACGGGGUUGAAGCCUACAUUUUCAAUGGGCUGAAAAAUGGAUAUUUUUAUGAUUUGUUUGCAGUUGUUACAUUAUAAACGAAAUUUGAAAGUUAAAAAACAAUGUCAUUUGUUUUUAAUCUAAACUGAUGGGU